GAACAAAUUAAACAUAAAACAUAAUAUAUAAAACAAAAACAUAAAAAUUGUCUUCUGUUAUCAUUUUCUUGAAUUCAAGAUUCGGUCAUACUGUUUAAUUGGCUAAAUUGGCUUAAACUUGUUGCAGCCAUGGCCGAUCUGGUGAGAGGAGAAGCCUCCGAAUCCGAUGAGGAAAUGCAGGACAAGCACAAGAUUUUUGCAGCAGAGGUGCCUGGCGAGGCAACCGAGGAUGAUGACGACGAUGAAGACAUUUAUGAGCAGAGAAGGAGCACCCAUGUGCCGUCCAGCACAGCCUCGAUCUAUCGCAACAACCUGCUGCAGCGCAAACUAAGUACAUAAAUCGCUCACAAGAUAUAUUCUCUUUCUUUAGAGUCCAGUCCAACAAAAGUCUAAUAUUUCUGGAGCAUAUGAUCUUUACGGGCAGCAACCCGAAUUCCGAGGAGAAUGUUUUCUUUGCGCACGUGAAAAAACACGGCGGCCAAUGCUCCUCGUCAAUCUUUAGCGAGGACACGCUGUUCUCCUUUAUUGUGCCCGAUGAGCACUUCGAGUCGAGUCUGGACUACUUAACAUUCGUUCUGAUGCAUCCCUUAAUGCUGCAGGAGACCAUGGACCGUGGACGCGGUAUCGUGGACUCUGAGUUUAAGCAGGUGGCUAAAAAAGAUGAACAGCGUCGCAACCAGCUGCUCGCCAGCCUGGCCACCGAGGGCUAUCCGCAUGGUUCCUUCAACUGGGGUAACAUGAAAUCGCUCAAGGACAACGUCGCUGACGACAAUGUCCUGCACAAAGCGCUCCACGAUGCCUGGCGCGAUAACUAUGCUGCCAAUCGCAUGUACGUGUGCCCGCAGGGUUCCCUGCCGAUCGACGUGCUGGAGAGCAUGGUGGUACGUCACUUUUCCAAACUGCGCCGCAGUGACAUCAAAGCGCCCGACCUGACCAAGUUCGAUUACCGCAACGCCUUCCGUCCGGCGUUCCACGAGCAAGUCUUCCUCGUCGAGGCCGUGGAGAAAUGUUGCAUGUUUGAGCUGACCUGGGUGCUUCCCAGUAUGCGUCCGCACUAUCACAGCAAUCCGGAUAUGUUACUCUCCUAUCUGAUCGAGCACAAGGGAAACGGAAGUCUCUACGCCUACCUGGAGCGUCGCCACUGGGCUUGCCAUCUCGACGCUGGCAUAGACGAGACCGGCUUCAAUCUGCACUCUAUGCACUCCUUUUUUAAAGUGAACAUUGGGUAG